CCCAGCCAUGAGGACUCCCCUGCUGUGGCUGCCUCUGCUCCUGCUCGUGUGGCCAGGGCAGGCACUGCAGUGUCAUGAGUGCACUGCUACAAAGGAUUGUUUCCAGCCUGUGUCUUGUGGAGCCCAAACCCACUACUGCCUGACCACAUGGAACAGUCCCCCAGGUCAGGAAACCAUUUUCAUAAAAUCAUGUGCUUACACUUGCCCUGGCUUCCAGGAGAGCCUGCUUUACUCCAAGGCCAGCUGCUGCAACACAGAUCUCUGCAACAGUGUGGUGAACCACCGAGUCAGCUGGGGUGUGCUGGUCUUCAGCCUCUGGGCUGCCCACCUCAGCAGGUAGCCAAGGUGCUGCAGAAGUAGGAGUAGGUCCUGCUGUGCAGUGGACAUGCUGUGUGGUCUCAGAUGUGGCACUUUCCAGCUAUCACUGGGAAGAUUCCAGGGGAAGGCAGUCACAGAAGUGGGGCCUGACAGAAGAUGGACACAUCCACCAGGUCCUUGCUGCUGUCCAGGGUGCUGCUGUCCAGGGUGCUGCUGUCCAGGGUGCUGCUGUCCAGGGUACUGCUGUGGGAUCCCUGGCCUCACAGUCGGCCAUCUGCUGGCUUCUAGGUGCUGGUGCAAUUAGGUGGCCAGGGCCACAGAUCUUACUGAGCUGGGGCUGAGGCAGAUGCCAUACCCCCACUUUUGGGAGCAAGGAUCAGCCCUCCUAACUACCUCAGAAAACCUGGGCCUGGCCACUACCACCUCAGGCUGAUGCCUGUUGCCUCUAUAUCCAGAACUCAACUGCGUUGUUAUAAGUUGGGUCCAAAGACCCUCAGCAAAUGGAAUCCCCAUGGAGGGGCCCCCUGGCUGGCAUGUGGGGUGUGGGGGGAGGCACUGCCCAGGCAGUAAUAGAUGCACUUCUGAGAAUUCCGUGGGUCAGCACUGGUGGCAGCAAGUCAUGAUCCGGCAAAUCUGGCUGUAAGAUCUGUAGACCCAGGAACCUGUUGCCCCAGGAUUAGGCCCUGAGGAAUCUCUCUAGGGUGGCACUGACCUUUCCCAGGAUCUCAGCUCCUGCAAACUCUGGAUCCUGGAAUAGGAAGAGGCUUCAUUCAUCUUGUUUUAAGGGUAUUCCAGGGCUGGAGCUGAGGCUUCCUUUCCCCUGUGGCCUGUGGCCCAGAUAAAUGGCUUUGGUCAGCUUGCCAAUCUUCAUGAGUUAUACAUUCUUUUUUAAAGAGUUACUGCCUCCUAGAAGAGUAUGUAGCUGGCUCUCUCAGAGAUCUGGAGGCCUGAACAGCACCAUCUCUGUUCUCCCUGGGUGGAGCCCCUGUCAAGUAGUGGGAAGCAGAUGGGUUUUCAUGGAGAGACAUCAAAAGACUUCUCAUCUGGAGCGAGUCUGCCUAUCUUCUGUGAGACCUGAUGGUUCUCCACCUUCCUCUCUACACUGGCCUCCUCUUUCUCUUCUUACAACCUGCCCCUUCUUCAGGAGGAAAGUAUGCAGUGAAUCCUCACUUUCUGCAGCCCUGGGGCUAUGUUGGGUCCCCCCCUUCCUGGGGCCACCUUCCUAACAAAGUCAAGGGUCUUCCCCAGCCAGGCCCCUCCCUCAAGCAAUCGAGGGGGGUCACAGCCUUCAGAAGACUGGCAUUGCUGACUGCCUCAGCAAGCCCUGUUAUCCCAUGGGGCACAUGAGGUCUUGAGAUUAAACUGUCCUUCUGGCUUCUAUGACUCUGGGAACAAUUAGCUCCCAGUUCAGCCUUCUGCUGAGACAUGUGCCUCUUCCACUGACAACCGGUAGAUUCUUUGGUAAAAAGAAUCUAGACCAGCACUUCAAAUAACCAGCAGUGACCAUCACAUGAGCCAGUGUGUGCCAUGGGCACCAUGAACAAACUGCACCCACUGGCACCACUGUCCUGUAUAUGCUAGCUCUGGGGUGAGAAUGUGUGGGAUUCACCUGCCUGCAAGGCACGCUAUGAAUUUACCACGCUGGUGCUUCUUAGUGGUCAGGCCAGCCAUUUCUUCCACUGGAUGGGCAGCAAAAGGGAAUUCACAUAGAAGCCCAGACUGUCUUCUGCACAGUCCUCCACCUGAAGUACCUCUAGUGGGAGACAGACCCAGCCCACCCUUAGCCAUGGCCACAACCACGGGGUCAACUGCCUAGGCCUGGCUCAGGGAUGAUCCUGUGAGCCUCACAACUGAAAUAAUACUGUCAGUGUAUGUAUAUAUCGUUUCUCAGUUGGCAGAAGGUUGUUAGGACAGACAUACUGUGGUAGAUUAACUAAUGGGCAACUUGUAACGCCAGUUGAACUGAAUCAGUGUGGUCUGGGCAUGGAAGAUCCACCUGAAGAUUGUUGCCAAUAGCCAUAAAAAGAGAACUGGAGGAGGAGAUUGCGGGCUGUUGAUUUUCUAGGAGAAGCUUGCUGUAGAUGUUUUUCCUGAUGGGAACUUGGCUUUCUCAUCGGAGGAGGAGCUCAGGGCCUCACUGACACUGGGAAUGGCUGCUGUUCUCAUCAGGGGAGCUCUGAUCUUUACCAUGCACAUCACUUCCUGGAUCCAAUGUAGAUCCCUCAGCCUGGUGGCACAAGCCCUUCCUCCCACUGGCACAGGUUUUCUAGCUUCCACCACGGGCCUUUGGGCCUUCUAGGUGCAGAUCAUCAAUAAGGACAAGCAUGAAACAUUGCUGUGGGCUCUAGGCCACUGGCUGGGCUCAUAGAGGGCAUGGCGUUGGACACUAGGCCUUUAGCUGGACUUUUGUGGGACAUUGCUGUGGGAUCCAGACCCUUGGUUGGAUUCUUUGGGCCUCUAGUGUGUGGCUAAUCUCUUGCACUCCUCUAUAUUUGACAUUUUGGGUAAAUAUCAUAAAAUAAUUCUAUAAAUUAUGUGUCCUGUAUUAAAUGUAUUCCCUUGCCAAAACCCUGACUACAACACAUACUUACCAAGCUCUUUGGCUGUAGCACUUAAUACACAGUACUAGUGGGCCAAGCCCACACCGCACUGCAGGCAGGGGAAAGGGAGGGCUCAUGGCUUCAGGUGUUGAGAGCAGGGCACACCUGUCUUGUUCACACACCUGUUGAACACUGAGUGUCUGGACAUCCUGAGAACUGUGGUCAGGAAAGGCCAUAGGAGAGGUCAAGGGUAUUCUGUGAGCAGAAUGUGAUUCCCUUUGUAGUUAUUUCCCAGGUCCAGCCCAGGAGCCCCAUGGCAAACACCAUCUAUGGGGGGCCUACUGCAUUAGAUGCUGGGACCUCUGCCAGCAUCAGGCAGCAUUUCCGCUCUUUGGGUGUCACAGCAUACCUGGCAGGGCACGUUUUGAACAAGUUAUUAGAAAAAGGUGGGGAUGUGGGGAGGGGCCAGUGUCUGUCCAGGGCUCCUGGGUUUUAGGAGUGCAGCAGUGAUGCUACAUGGUACUUGGUGGGGGUUUAGUCUGCAAGGAACACAGGACCCUGCCCAAGGAGUGAUCUGGAAUGCAGCUAACUUUAGACCAGGUGACAGCACUCCAAGGGGAACAGGUCACAGGCUUCCCACUGGACACCACCCUCUGGGAAACACUUGACUUACCUCGUCCAUCCUGGUCCCAAUACCAACAUGUGUGGGUAUCAAAGCUGGGUGAUGCUGAAGAAGGGCUGGUCACUCUGGCAUCAAGUUGAGUCCCACACAUCCCUACAACAUCCUCACACCCUGCCAUGUAACAGACAGAUGCAUUCAGGCUCACAGGUGGUGUUAUCAUCACCUAUCAGGUGAGCCAGUCUGUGCUGGUGAGGAUUCAUUGAGGUCGUGGCAGUAAAAGUCCCUGGCACAUUGGAGUCUCCACAAAAGGCCAGGGCUGUGGCAGGCAAGUGGAAGGUUGACUUGGGGACUAAAGCCUCCUUCUGGCACAAAGAAUCCAUUCAUGUAAUCUGAACCAGAGGAGGGUCAGCUUCAAUAUCUUUCAGUCCAUAUUUUGAAAAGAGGAUAAAGAGGAUGGACCCAGCCACAAGAAUCCACUCCAUGAGAAGCCCCAACAGAGCUUCACAGGACACUUGUUCUGGGCUGGAAAUUUUCAGCCCAGAAUUUCAGCUUCCCAGCAUUGUAGGCAGCAUGGGGGAUCUUGGAAUGCUGCCCCUCCCUGCUAGUUAUAAAAGAAAUAUAGUAAUGCAACCCAUUAUUUCCUGAAGUCAGGGGAGAGAUGCAUAUAGAAGAUAAACACUGAAAAUUACUCUGAGGCCCUCUCCAACCUGGUCCCUGUGCCCAAUGGGUCAGGUCAAAUGGCAGGAUUCCUUCCUUUUCCUGCAAGAGUCAAGAGUAAACUGGGGCAUUAUUUCCCACACUUCCUGUUGGCUUACUUCCUGUCACACAUUUCCACCUGUAUAUCUCUAACCACUGGAACUGUAGAUACGUUAUGUCUGGUAGAUAUAUGAUGUCUUGUAGAUACGUUAAUGUCAACAUCUGUGGAUUCAGCUGAUUCUUUUACAUUGUACGAGCCAGGGCUUAGCUAGUCCUUUGAAAUGUCAACAUUGUAUCUGCUUCUGACUUUAUGUUGUUAUAGUUUGUUCAUCUUUUACAUAUAUGUAUUUGUGCCCAAAUCAGAGUGUUUCUGCCAAAUAAACUUCUAUCAGUGAA